GUUGACAGCGUCGGGGGUCAAAGGUCGGCGGUAGCUAUGAUUCUCAAAAGAACAGACAAACAUGGAGUCUAUCUUCCACGAAAAACAAGAAGGCUCUUUGUGUGCUCAGCACUGCCUGAACAACCUGCUGCAGGGAGAAUAUUUCACUCCUGUCGAUCUGUCAUCUAUCGCACAACAGCUGGAUGAAGAGGAGAGGAUGAGGAUGGCUGAAGGUGGUUUGCUGAGUGAGGAGUACAGGACUUUUCUACAGCAACCUUCCGGAAACAUGGACGACAGCGGCUUCUUUUCUAUUCAAGUGAUAAGUAAUGCUUUGAGCGUUUGGGGUUUGGAGCUUAUCCUCUUCAACAGCCGCGAGUACCAGCAACUAAUGAUAGACCCUAUAAAUGAAAAAGCCUUUAUAUGUAACUACAAAGAGCAUUGGUUUACAGUACGAAAACUGGGACAUCAGUGGUUCAAUUUGAACUCCUUGUUAACGGGACCAGAGCUCAUAUCAGAUACUUACCUUGCACUUUUCCUAGCACAAUUACAGCAAGAAGGCUAUUCCAUUUUUGUGAUUCGAGGGAAUUUACCUGAAUGUGAAGCGGAUCAACUUUUGCAGAUAAUGAGGGUGGAACAACAUCAUCGACCAAAGCUCAUAGGAGAGGAAGAGGCUCAGGCAAGCGGGCAGAGGACCACUGUGCAACAUGGAGUGGAGACACCACAUGGUAUUGAACAGGGUGUAGUAGGCGAGGAUGAUGAUGAGCUGAGAAAAGCAUUGGCUCUUAGCAGACAGGAUAUUGAAGUGGAGGAUGAGGAAGCGGAUCUGCGCAGAGCCAUACAGCUGAGUAUGCAGGGAGCUUCAGGGAGCAGCAGUCCUAUAGUUCCCAAAGAGGGUAGUGCUGCAGUAGCUCCAAGUUCCACAGAAAGUAUUACAAGUGGCCAGACAGAAAGCCUAACAGCAGAGGAACUACGCAGGAGAAGACAAGCCUACUUUGACAGGCAGUUCCAACAACAACCUCAAGCCACUCCUCCACAUCAGCAGGACACAAGAAUAUCUGGUGAUGAACAGGACACUGGUAGUAAACACAGCCAGUGAACACAGUGACUACAGGGAUCUAUUUCCAGAGUUCUUUCACAACCAAGUACUAGCUGCCUGUCCAUCUGUUUAAAAGCGCAGCCUCUUCCCUCUAUAAACGGUUUCAGAAUGUGAAUGACAAGAAGGAGCAGAUGGCCAUUCACCAUUAACACACCGCUCUGUGGGUCCACUCAUUAAAAGUAUAACAUGGACAUAACUAACAUUGACAUGGAAAAAUAAACCUGUACUUUCUUUAUAGUUGUUAUUUUGCAAUUAUGAUGGUGGGACAGGGGGGCUUAUACGCCCAGUAUAGCUCUUUCAUGAUUAGGUAUGGUAUGGUAUCUCUAAAUAUAGUCAUAUAAUUUAAUAAAACUCCAAUGUUAUUUGAAUUAUAACUCAAAUAACAUUGAUCCAUCAUAGUUUUUCAGACUCGUAACAGCGUGUGUAGCCAGUGUAUUUAUCUGGUGAUUGAAAUGACAUAAUUUGAACUUGGGGAAAAUAGAAAGGAAAUUAAUACCUUUCUUUAGGGUUCAGGAGCCACACAGGACCACUAGACCUGUUUGUGUUUACUAAGUGGACUACAAUCUGGUCUUUGUGGUUUUUUUUUUAGUUUUUCUUGUUUUGUGUGUCAGGCACAUCUAGAGGGACCUGUUCUGUAUAAUUUCUUAUGCACUACCUGUCUUAGGUGGGGUAGUGUUCAAGGGCUGUUUGAGGGGGUGAAGCUCUUCUCAAUAAUACACCUUUAUUUGUUUUGGGUUCUUUGAAAUGUGUGCUUUUUAAUUAUAUCUGAACAAGUCAGAUUAUAUAUACACACCUGAAGUUGAACUUCCAAAAUAAUGCUUGUCUAUAGGAGACUACUGGAAGGGACAAUGUUUGUACUGUAUGGACAUGCAAACCUCGGUAAUAUAACAGAUAAACAGAUACUUCUGUUCAUUCUUCAUCAGCCUUUUUUUCAGUCUUGUGUGUUUGCUUGUGUGUGUUUUUGUACGCACCGAGAUCCCAUAGAGCGCACACCUGUUAAGGAUAGUCUGCAUUAAUCACUGAAUUAUAAAUAUACAUGCUCACAAAUGGCAAGAACUUAUUUUUCCUUAUAAUCAGCAACAUUUCUUCUGACUUGGAUUUUGCUUAUUCUAUGCACAAGGAAAUUAGCAUGCCAUUGUUUGAGCUCACAAUCAUUGAAGGAAAAUUUCUUGAGUUGAUUUUCAAAGAAGAGGAAUAGAUGAUUAUUUAGACACACAAGAUUAAGGUUGUAAUGGUGAAUGUGGUGGAACUUCUCAACCAAACAAUCUAAAUGACCAAUUUGACAAUAUAUACAGGUUGACCUUCCAUCUGUUUCUUUUUUUUUCCUUUCAGCUUUCGAACAUUACAAUUUCCAGAACAUCCUUAGAGAAACAGAAAAACAGCUACAAAUAGUGUAUAUAAAUCAAAGACUGUGGAAUCAUCAUGUCAGGAUAAAUUCUCCUUUCUUAUGUGAAUUCCAGGACUUAUUUCCGGGGCCAUUAUGCUGAGACCUUAAUUAUUGUUCACUGCACUUCCAGUUCAGUAAAGUAAUGACACUUUACUGAGAGUGUUUACAGGUACCUCACACUGGACUGUCCAGUGGUGCAAAUAUCUAGGAACAAUGCUGAGCGAGCAGACACAUAAAAUAUGUGAUGCUAAUGUAUGUAUGAUGGUAGUGUAUAAAUAGGCUACUACAAGAUUACAAAACGUUUUCCCCAACCAUUUUUACAGUAAAUAGUUUUCUUUAUAAACUGUACUUGUGGUUUUCGUGUUUUUUGUUUGUUUGUUUUUUGUUGUUUGUUUGUUUUUUCCCCCUUCUUUUAAAAUUUGCCUUUUAAAAGGUAGUAGCCAUUCAAGGCGUUUUGUCUUAGAACAUAUUCUUGCUCUGUCUUUGUAUUCAUGUACCAGUACUCUGUCACUUUUUUUUAACUUUAAAAUUAAAUGCUCUUUUCCCACGAA